AUGCGUCCCCAAACUCCUACCGCUGCCAUCCCAAACCUCAUCCUCCUCCUCCUGACCCUCACCACCACCAGCUUCGCAGUGACCUCCGGCGGCGUGAACUACUCCCAAACCAACGCCAUCAGCGACGCCUGGAUCAAAGACUGGAUCGCCAAAAACGACAUCAACAUCCUCUACGACAGCUCCGAGUACGACUCGCGCCGCAUCUCGCGCGACGCCAUCAAACCCAACUCCCCCAACAUUGUCCGCUUCUGCGACUGGCGCACCACCUUCCAAAACGACGCAUACAAUGGGCUCGCGCCCAGUCAAAGCGGCGCCCGCUGGAGCAAUCCGCCGCAGCCAGAUUGGGGCAGAUGUCGGAAUUACACGAAUGUGGUGCCGGAUAAGGGGAAGAUGAGUCAGUGCUAUAACUUCGGGAUGGAUAAUAGUCCGAUGAUGGGGAUUUGGGGAAGUAAGGGGUUGCAGUGUGAGUUGUUUUUUGAUGAUUGGUGUAGGAAUUAUAUUCUGGAUCCGAAUGUGGCGCCGGGGAAGGAUAGGCAGAGGAUUUGGUUUGAUAGUGCGUUGUUGGUGACGAAGGAUAAUGAUUGGGGGUUUGAUAAUAUGGAUGAUAAGCACGAUAAGUGGAAGACGAUGGGGUUUGAGAAGACGUUGUACAAGAAGUAUGGGCCGAAAAGUAUGCGUUGUUGGAUGCCGGGGCAGGUCGUUGGGCUGGGUGUGAAGAGGGGGGAGGAGGAGGGGGAGGGGAUGGUGAUGGGGAGCGAUGAAGAGAGGGAGGCUUGGGCCGAGAGGCAGGCUGGGGUUGAGGUUGGCGAGGAGUUUGAUGCAGGGUUCGCAUGA